AUGACCCUUUCAACAAUAUUCCUAGCAUUUGCAUAUGUGAUAUUCCUAAUUCUCCAACUAUUUUAUCUCUUGGUUUCGGUUGAUGAUGUCUCGAAAAGCGAUCGUCUCGAAAUUGCCAAAGUGUUUGUUACGACAGCUCAACAACUCAGCAAUGAUAUUUAUAUGAUGAGUUCUCCGGUAAUUCUUCUCAUCACAUCGCGCCGAAUCCGACGAAGUGUUCUAUUUUUGCACUCAGAAGAUUCCGAAAAACAUACGAAUGCCGCAAUUUCAACAUUUGCUCAUCCACAGACAGCAGUCACAGCUAUUUAA